GCGAGGAGGAGGAGGAGGCAGCGUCGCUCGGUGGUGUCGGAGUCUGAUUGAAGCUGCUCAGAGAAAGAAACUACAGCAGCAGCAGGAGGAGGAAACACACAGUCUGCUUUGCUUUACUUUGAACAGAGCACUCCCUUUAAAAUGGCGUAUCACAGUCCGUACCGAGGAGCUCCGCAAAUCAACGCGCCUCCGGACCAGAGCUUCCUGUGGAAUAUCUUCCAGAGGGUUGACAAGGACCGGAGUGGAGUGAUAUCAGACUCAGAGCUUCAGCAGGCCUUAUCGAAUGGCACAUGGACUCCUUUCAACCCAGUGACGGUGCGCUCCAUCAUAUCCAUGUUCGACAGGGAAAACAAAGGCGGGGUGAACUUCAACGAGUUCGCCGGCGUGUGGAAGUACAUCACAGACUGGCAGAACAUCUUCAGGAACUAUGACCGGGACAACUCCGGCUUCAUCGAUAAGAACGAGCUCAAGCAGGCGCUGACUGGAUUCGGUGAGCAGCAAAGCUAUCGUCUAUCAGAUCAAUUCUACUGCACGCUGAUAGAGAAGUUUGACCGUCAGAGGAAGGGACAAGUUGCCUUCGAUGACUUCAUCCAGUGCUGUAUUGUACUACAGAGGUUGACUGACGUGUUCAGGCGGUACGAUACAGACCAGGAUGGCUGGAUCCAGGUUUCAUAUGAACAGUAUCUAUCCAUGGUCUUCAAUAUAGUAUAACGCACACGGAUCAUCACAAAAGAGCACAACUGGACACAACUGUGCCAAAGCUACCGGCACCUCCCAGACGUCUGCCAUGGUGGACACUACAAGAUUAUUUUUAACCCUAAUUAUUAGCCCCAGUUGGGCUGUUUCACACAAAUUUAUAAAACAAAUACAAUGCUUCAGUUUUUUUGAGGUUGUAAUACUCUCCAGAUUAUUGUCUGGAGGUACAACUAUUAUGCUUCAUGUAUUAAAAAAAUCUUGUAGUGUUUGUGUUAUGACAAAUCUGAAUUACGUCUGUGCCGGGGUUAGGGAAUAUUGUGGACAAAUCAUGUCUUUCUGUCUGUCAGUCUGUCUGUUAUUGUCGACAAAACUUUUUAACGUCUUAACUUUAAUUGAUACAAUUUAAAAAAAAAAAAAAAAAAAUAACUCUGUUGAGAGUGAAAAUGAUGCAUUGUAAAUAUGAUUUAAGAUGCAUUGCAUGCUUUUCAGGGAAAUUUAGCCCCACGUUGAAGCAUGCUUUCCCUUUCUCUCUCUCGUCUUCUCCUCAGCCCUAUUUUGCUCCAAGCCAUGUUUACAAUAACGGUGAAAGCAGGUGGUGUUCUGCUUCGAGAUUCACUGACAUGCCAGCUUACAUGCCAUAUUUGUACAAACUUAUUUUUAACUGCGAAAUCAAAAUGUUAGAACAUAUAAUUUUUCUGGUAGGAAGGUAAGCAUAACGCCUUUUAGUACGGCUUAUUUUUUGUGCAUGAUGCCUUAAAAUGUGUAAAAAGAACACAAAAGAGAAAUCUUUUAUUAAAAAAAGAAAGAAAAUCA